AUGUCAUUUAGCCAGUUCAUUAUCAUUUGCGCCCUUAUCAUCUGCGUGGUGGCAACUAUCAGGUGUUAUGUAGGAACAACCACAAAUCGUGCAAACCCGUACAGAACCCAGUCAUGCACGUCGGCAAGAUACUGCUUGAAGAAGUCCAGGAAAUCCGGUGCAAACACUAUACGGCAGUAUAGUUGUGAUAGCUGGAGAGAGUGUACAAGGACAGGCUGCUCAACGAAAAAUAAAGCCACCAGGUGCUGUUGUAAGAGGAACCUCUGCAACCAUACCUUCGAUACAUAG